GUUCCCUCUGCUAAUGUUUAACAGGACCCUUUUUUUUCAUUUUUUGGGGUAGGGUAGAGGGUGAUGCAGGCAGAGCACCACAAAUAAAGAAGCACCUGUAUCACUGACAUGUGAUACCGCCCUUCCAUACAGACAAUGAGGUCCAUGUCACACUGAUUCAUGGAUUGCCACUGGGCAGCAUAACGAUGGCUGUUUUUGUCCUGUUCCUGCUUCUUCUUUCAUGCACGACACAAGCGGUUUCAGCUGUUUUAAGGCUGUUGCCCGUCAGCUUGACCGUCCUCAUAGGUGACCAGGCCCGCUAUACCUGCAUGCCCACAAAAACCACAGCGUGGGACGUGAUGCUGUGGGAGCUAAACAGCACAGUGGUGGUCUCCAUCUCCAGGCGGUAUGGCGUACUGUCUUCCUCUGUUCCCAAUGUGACGGCGGAGGAAAGCCACGGCCCGAAUGGAGACGGCUGGACGCUUGUUGUCCAAAGUGUUCAGAGGCACCAUGAGGGAGAAAUCACCUGUAACCUGCAGGGAAUCGACAGAAAAACAGCAAGUCUCUAUGUUCAAGAAAAAGGCAGCGUGAAAGUCUCUGGAGGAAAUGCAACAGCUUUAAAGGGGCAGUCGGUCCUAUUUGAGUGCCAGGCAGCAGGAUGGUACCCUCAACCUUUUUUGCAAUGGGAAGUUAAUGGAAAAAAGUUGAGUCAGCGUGACUACAACCUGAGAAGCGAAGAGACAGGGAAGAGCCUCUUCACGGUUAACAGCAAUGUCAGCCUGAUGGCAACAAAGAGCUCUGGCGUGGACUGCCUGGCCUCGGUGUCUGCUCUCUCCACGCCGCUCAAGAGCAGUGUCCGCCUGACAGUUGUUGCAGAGGUGCUGCAGGACGAAGACAACUGCACGCUCCCGCUAGCGCUAACAUCCUCCUUUGCUGCCCUCCUCCUGCUCCUCCUGCUUGCCGUCUGCACUGUCCUCUGCUACAGACAAAGGAGACAAGCAAAGGGAAGCACACCGGAGGCACUAAGUUUUGAGGAAUUGUACAAUGGCCUAAGACUACGUGCAAAUGCUCCAGGGGGCCAGGUCAACGUAGGGUAUAUAAAUGAUGGCGCCACAGAUGCAGUUUACAAAGAUGUAAUCAUGGGAAUUCAUAGCAAGAAGGAUUUUGUCAGCAUUGAAAAGGUUCCUGACCUGGUGACCUUCAGCAGCUUGUCUGUACACAGCGACAGUUGCACCGAUGUGGACCUGUCAGAAGAAAAUGGAAAAAACUUCAGGAGAGUUACCACAGUUUGAACAAAUACAACACAAAAGCAAGAUGAGAUAUCUGAAAUCUAGGUCAAACAUGUUUUUAUAAUGUCCGAAACCUCUCAAACCAGUUUGUUUAUCUUAAGGAACCUAAAAUGAGAUAUACAGUUUAGUAGUUAAAGGGGACCUAUUAUGCUCUUUGUAUUGAGUUGUGGUUUCCUAUAGAGCAGCUACACACAAUAACCAGCACAGAAAACUUGCUCACACACCCAAAGUGCUUCCUAAAUAUGAACCAUAUAAGGAAGUCCAACCCUCUGCGAUGUCACAAAGGGGGGAUUUUACCACACCUUUUGAAACUGAGCGUUUUGAGCCAUCCAAAACUUAUUUCAGGGUUCACGAGAAAAUGUGCAAACUCCAUUAUCUGAAAUGUUGGCAUCAUUUAACACGAGACCACAACAUUCUAACAACAUAUAUAGGUCAGAAAAGUGGUGAAAACAUAACAGGUCCCCUUUGAAUGAUGAAAUGAAAACUAACAACAGAAAACCCAACAGAACUAUAAUAUACUUGAAUUUGAUUUGCCAAACUGCCCAAUUCAAGUAAAAUGGUGAUUUGGCAAGUCAUAUUAUUUUGUAUAGAAAACAGUAGCUAAUACAAAGUAUCUUGUUAGUCAAAAAUAAGCAUUCUAGACAUUUAAUCUUUAUUUAAUUUUCACCAGUCUUGGUAGCUAUUUUUUGUCAAUUCCAGUGCUGGCCCAUUAAAAAAAAAACCUUCAUCAACCAAUAAAAAAAUCAUUGAGAUUAAAGAUCUGGGCCCAUGGACCCAAGUCACUCUUUUGUAUGGCUUGAACUAUUUUUUGCAAAUUUUUUUGGGGAGAAAAUCAUAAGACGUGAAUUAUUAAAACCCAUUUACAAAACAUUUUAGCAAAGCAUGCUGGGAAGCAGCAUGUGGUGAUUCAAACAUGAGCUUUUAUGUUUUAGAAUAAAAUGUACUUGCAUUUUUAGAAUGCAAUACAAUAUGGGAAAAACAGAUUAAUAGUACAAUUGUAGUAAUUUUUACAGUUACGAUACCAUUUUUUAUUGUAUAUAUUUUAUUGUAUUCAAUUCAGAAUCUUAAAUAACAAGUUAGUAAACACUGAAUCCUGAUUUUACGAGAUAGAAAUGAUAAUGUUUUAUAAAAUAAAACCUUGUACUCCAUAAAGAACAGUGAGAAUUCUCAUUGUAUUUUUAGUAAAUGAAAGUUCCUUAUUAAGCUUGUAUCGCAUCUGUACUGAACAAUUCCACAAUGACAGACUGCUUUCAUCUUAUCAAUUUGUCGCAUUUGUCCAUGUACUUAUUUCACCAUGCAAGUGUUCACAAACAGUAGAACUGAACGACAAAAAAAGUGUUUUUCAUCACCGCUACUGAUAAUGCCAAUGAUGCAAACAGUAACAAGUCACGGCUAAGCGAGCCAAUUCAUGAAACAAGCUCAAGGCUGAAAAUGAAGUCCUCUCUCCUGAUUACACAUCCACAAUAAUUGGCUUCUAAAAAUAUCAGCUGUAUGUAUUGAUGGAUGGCCUGAUGGCGUUCAGGGUCUCUGGUUGGAUUGAUUGUUUGCAUGUUGAUACAGACAAAGCCACAUUUGUCUUCCCGCUUGCAGUAAUCUCAACAGGAAAAGUCUCAUCAUCUCUUCCAUUGUUUGAGUGCACGUCCAGGACAACCACCAUCAAAUAUGUGUUCCGCGACUCCAUUUUCAAGCCAUGCCAUAUCUGUCAGUAGAGUGUAAAUGAACCCAAUGUGAGCCUGUCAGUGGCAGUGUCUUCCGCGGUGAGAUGUAUCAUCGCCUGGAGAGGGUGACUUAACAUUUGCAUUUCAUAAUGGCAAAGGACAAAGAGCGAGUGAUGGAAGGUCUAUGAAUCUGCCAGGCCUUCUCCAUAAAGUUUCAUCAGGGGAAAGUGGCUAUACCGCAUUAACAGGCUGCAUUUUUCACAUUUGUGUUGUUGUUUAUAUGAGGAAUUUGAUCAUUCUAUGCGUAUGAUAAUUUAAAAAAUAAAGAUAAAAAUGAACCACGUCCUUUGAGGGAAAACGCUGUGACCUUUUGGAAAAGCCUUUAUGUCAUCUGUCACCCCGUUGAAGAGCUCGAAAGAAAAAAGCAAUCAGCACCUCCGUGUUUUUCUUGAAUGGAAAAUACACUUCCAUUUCAUUGAAGGCCGAUGCAUAUUCUGAUUGCAGCGCCGCCUCAUGUUUGAGUUAUCUCUUUCUGGCAGCAUUGAUUAGCUGAAUAUGUGAGAGAGGCCCUCGGUCAGGAUCAGGCGGGCUGCAGCCCAAAGCAGAUACAUAAAUAUUCAAGCAUCAAGCCUCUUGGCUGGACUGGAUACAAGUGUGCAGUCACAUGCUUAACAUGGCUCUUGGGAGAAAUUGUAAAUUGUGCUUGGAACGAGGAAAAAUGUCACAUGAUCAGCAAAUCCAUUUGGAUUUAUCACCUUUAUGUGCCGUAAGUCAAUCCAUUCAAUAGCUGUUAAGAUCUUCCAGUGAGGACGAAGGCAGGCUGCAUACUUGCCAACUCGCCCAAUUCCCUGGUGCUCUCUUAUGGUUUGUUUGCAUUCGAAGCGGCCCUAAUUUGCAAAAUUGACUUUUUAAUCACAUUCUAACAGUAAUAUAUGUCUCUAGAACCUGUUUAUGAAUACCAAAUGUGGGGAAAAAACAUCUCUGACUUGGUUGCACCACUAUUGACAGAAAAUGAUACAAACCAGAUGGACAAACUAAUCCGGAAAGCCAAACAAGCUCAGUUGGAGGCAUUUGGAACAGUGAGAGAAACUGCUGUCCAUCAUGGACAAGUCCACCCACCCACUCCAUCAAAGAAGAGACGGGCAGUGGAGCUCAUUCUCUAAAUGACUCCUGCAGUUCUGUUCACACAGUAAAUGCUACAUGACAUGUUACAUUCAUUCCACAUGCCAAUACCUCACCUGUCUGUCAAAAAUAAUCCACACAUUAUUGCGCUGUGCUGUCUAUCUUAUUUUUUAAUUUUUAUUAUAUUCUAUUCAUAUUGCAUUGCAUUUGUGUGCAUUUUAUAGCGUGUCUUAUUUCCUCUGCAAUUGAGCUACUGUAACCAAACAAUUUCCCUUGUGGAUCAAUAAGGUCUGUCUAAGUCUAAGAGGCACUCAAAUCCUCCCCUUUGAAGUUAAGGAUAUUCGGGAAACGCCAUCGUCGUGGACACGAUACUGCCUAUGACCUGCCCCUCUCUGGAGAAGCCCACCCUGGAGGAUAGCUUUGCAAAAAGAAUAGACAAAAGUAGGUCUGUGAAAAAAUACGGCAGUAAGGCAGUAAGUAAACAUCAACAGUCUUGAACAUUUGCAAGAGUCUUGAACCAGUCAUGUUGUGCUAUAUAUAUCACUAUAUUGACACUUACUAUGGUACCCAUUAUGUCAUUGGAUGGUCAUAUCACCGCUUACUUUGGUACGAGGUACAUUAUUUAAAAAAAUAAAAUAAAAUAAAAAAUAAAAUAAAAAAAACCUUAAACUGUAUUAUGGAAAGCAGGAAGUGAACAAAUGUAACAGUUACUGAUUGUAAAAGGACCAGAUGGAGGGGUAGAAUUUAAUAAGCUUUGCUUCUUCCUACUCCUUUUGGACAUGUGGAACUGUGAACUGAUUAUGGGAUGCACUCAAUUGUAAUCUGAUGCAUGUUCAAAUGAAAUAAAACCAUUACCAUUACCAUUAUACUG